AUGGCAGCCACAAAGCGGAAGGCCGUCACGGACGACCGGCCUAGCAAAAAGGUGAAAGAGAGCGGCAAGGAGCCUUCCGGAGACAACAAGUCAACUGGGGACAAGAAGGCGAAGAAGUCGCAAGAGGCGGAUGCACAACCAAAGGCCUUGAAAAGCAUUCUACAGCAGGAGGAGCGUGCUUUCCCCAGAGGAGGUGGCAGUGUCUUGACGCCUUUGGAACACAAGCAGAUCAAACUUCAAGCUGAGAACGAUGCUUUAUUGGAAGAGCAAGGCGGAGAGGCGAAAGCCACGGAAGACGACGGUGAGCUAUUCGACGAUGACGCGGCUGCGCAAGUGAAGAGGGAAAAGAAACGCGACUCAAAGUCCGGCAGGGAGAGUUCGAAGAAGACACUAGCUCCAAGCCCACGUGUUCCGGGAUUGAGCUACAAGAGUUUAGUUGUUGGAAGCACUGUGCUGGGUCGAGUGACUGCAAUCACUGGACGGGAUAUCGCUCUGGCAUUACCGAAUAAUCUCACAGGCUACGUGCCACUCACGGCGAUUUCGGAUCGACUGAAUGCACGAAUCGAGAAACUCCUGGGCGAUGACAACGAAGACGAAGCAGAAGAUGACGAGGAUAUCGAUCUCAAGCAGAUCUUCUAUAUUGGGCAGUGGCUGCGAGCCGUUGUCGCCUCCAUGGGUACGGAUUCCCCCGAGACCGGCGGGAAGAGCAAGAAGCACAUCGAGUUGUCCUUGGUUCCUGGUGCGGUCAACGGGGGCCUACCCGAUGACAGCUUUGUCACAAAUUCCACAAUCCAAGCAGCUAUCCGCAGCAUCGAGGACCAUGGUAUCAUUAUGGACCUCGGGCUCGCGGAUGACAGCGUCAAGGGCUUCAUCAGCAAGAAGGAGCUUAGUCCGGCGUACAACUUGGAUCAGAUGCACGAGGGACAGGUGCUGCUUUGCUUGGUGACAGGUAAAGGUGGAAAGGUCCUGAAGCUCUCGCCUGAUCCGAACAAAUUUACAGUGACGGCUCCUGGUAUCAAACCGCCGAGUGUCAGCGACAUGCCUUCUGUGGAUGCUUUCCUCCCCGGAACUGCCGUGGACGUGCUCGUCACAGACAACGGUCGUGGUCUAGUCGGCAAGGUCAUGGGAAUGCUUGAUUUAGGUGCGGAUGUGGUACAUUCUGGCGCAUUUGAUGGAGAAGAUCUCAGCAAGAAGUUCAAAAUUGGAUCGAAGGUGAAAGCUCGCAUCACAUAUGCAAUCCCGCAGGACGAUGGUAGUCGUCGGGUGGGCGUGUCCGUGUUGCCUCACUUGUUGGCAAUGCUACCGCCGCAUUCCAAAUUGCCAUCAAAUGCCACGGCCAAGCUGAAGUCAGAAGUUGCUGAACUCGAGCAAAAGCUGCCGCAAUCAACGAUAAUCGAAGACGCGAAGGUAGUUCGAGUACUCUCGGAUCGAGGCUUGUUUCUAGAGUUUCCGGAGGCGCAGAAGGCUUUUGCUCACAUCUCCCAAAUAUCCGACGAGCGCAUUGACACGAUCUCCGGCAGCGGACCUUACAAAGUGGACUCUACCCACAAAGUUCGGGUCUUGGGAUACAGUGCCGUUGACAACCUGUAUUAUGUGGCGCUGAAACAGUCGAUUCUUGACCAGGCUUUCCUCGGUCUAGAGGACCUCACUGUUGGCGAGAAGGUGACAGGCACUAUUGAAAAGUUGAUGCUAGGCGGUGCAGCCGGUAUCAAGGGUUUGUUGGUAAAACUGAGUGAAAGUAUAACUGGCCUUGUUCCAGAAGUGCACCUCAGCGAUACCCAACUCAGUCACCCUGAACGGAAAUUCAGAGAAGGCGUUUCUGUCAGAGCUAGGAUUCUCUCCGUAGACCUGGAGAAGAGACAGCUGCGCCUCACUCUGAAGAAAUCUCUGGUCGAGGAUGAUGCGCCUGUCUGGAAAGAUCAUUCGAUUCUUAAGCCUGACAUGGAGGGCAAAGGCACGAUUGUCAAUUUGUUGGCAAAUGGCGCCUCAGUACAAUUCUACGGCUUGGUACGAGCGUGGCUACCUGUUGCUGAGAUGAGCGACACGUUUGUCGCAAAGCCAGAUCAGCAUUUCCAUCUUGGCCAGACCAUCAAAACGAGGAUUGUUUCUGUGAAUCCGGAGACUGGCGAUAUGAAAGUUAGCUGCAAAGACGCUGGUACAAUGACAACAGAGCAAAAGCAGGUUUGGGACGACAUCAAUGGUGGCCUGCUUGUUGAGGGUGUUGUUUCCGAAAAGACAGAGCAAAGUAUCUCUGUCAACGUCUCCACCGCAGCUGGACUCGAUCUCAAAGGCGCAAUUCGUAUCGGGCAUCUUCUGGACGGGUCGCAUUCGAAGGCGCAAAAAGAGCUCAAGCGACUUCGCAUCGGUCAAAAGCUCUCUAACCUUAUCGUACUGGAUAAACAUGUUCGAAGUCAGACACUCAUUCUGAGCAAGAAAGACAGUCUGAUUUCUGAAGCGAAAGCCGGAGCUCUUAUCGUGUCCUUUGCAGAUGCGAAGAAGGGCAAGAAGACGCAUGGCUUUGUUAGGAACAUCACGCCAGAUGGAGUCUAUGUCGAAUUUGCCAACGGGAUAGUCGGGCUUAUGCCGAAGAAUCAAAUAGCACCGGACCAGCUCGGACUGCCUGAAUUUGGCCUGCGUAAAGACCAGACUGUCCAUCUUUGGAUAUCACAUCUUGAUCCUAGCCAAGAGCGAUUCGUGUUGACUAUGAGAGAGAAGAGCGCGGAGAGGGAGAACGAAGCAAGCCUCAAGCCCACGACUGAGGUUCCACGCACGAUUGGAGUACGACCGGGUCAGGUCUUGCAAGCUCGAAUUGCCUCUGUCAAGGCCACACAGGUCAAUGUCCGCCUGAGCGAUGACAUUCAGGGUCGUGUUGAUGUGAGUGAGGCGUUUGACUCCUGGGAAGACAUUGUCAAUAAAGCGGCGCCGCUCCAGAAGUUUAAACCAGGCGAUGAGAUCAAAGUCAAGGUUCUCGGCAUCCACGACGCACGAAACCAUCGAUUCUUGCCCAUCAGUCAUCGCCAAGGCAAGGCUCCCGUCCUCGAGCUUUCAGCCAAGAGAUCCCGAGUGGAGAAUGGGGAUGAGUCGCUCCUUAGCCUUGAGUCUGUGAAGCCUGGCUCUACUCAAGUUGCUUUUGUCAACAAUCACGGCGACAGCUCAUCUGGUUCCAUCAAUUGUGUGUGGGUCAACCUCUCGCCCAAUGUCAGGGGCCGGAUAGCAUUGAUGGAUCUCUCCGACGACAUUGGCCAAUUGCAAAAUGUUGAGAGUCGCUUUCGUAUUGGCUGUGCUUUGCAAGUGACUGUCAAGAACGUUGAUACUGCGUCUAACAGGCUCGACUUGACAGCUAGACAGACCGACUCAGACAAGGCUUUGACGAUUCAAGACCUCUCCCCCGGCAUGGUUCUGCCGGGAAGGGUCACGAAAAGCUCUGAGCGUUUCGUGACCGUUCAGCUUUCAGAGCAUCUGUCCGGAGUCGUACCGCUGGCCGAGUUGAGCGAUGAUUUCGACCAAACUAACCCCGGCUCAUUCCGCCGGCACGAUAUCGUUCGCGUAUGCGUUCUGGAAGUCGAUCAGCCCAACAAGAAAGUCUAUCUCAGCCUACGUCCGUCCAGAGCACUGAGCUCAAAUCUUCCAGUAAAAGAUCCUCAGAUAACAAGCGUCGCGCAGCUGAAGGCUGGUGACAUCGUCCGAGGCUUUGUCAAGCAAGUCGCCGACAAGGGAGUGUUUGUCUCUCUUGGCGCUCGUGCGGAUGCGCUUGUGCGAAUCGCGGAUUUGAGCGAUCAGUAUGUCAAAGACUGGAAGAGCAUCCUCCAAAUUGAUCAACUGGUCAGAGGUCGCGUGGUGUCGGUCGAUCCUGUCUCCAAGCACGUUCAGCUCAGUCUGAAGCCUUCGCAUCUAGACGAAAACUAUACACCACCGCUCACGAUCAAUGACAUCAAGAAGGAUAUGCAGGUCACUGGCAAAGUCAGAAAAGUCGAGGACUUCGGAGCAUUCAUCGAUAUCGAUAACACACAGCCGCGCCUCUCCGGAUUGUGUCAUAAGAGCGAGAUGGCUCAGCGACGCGAGGUGGAUCCCAAGAAGCUCUACAGUCCUGGUGAUGUCGUUAGAGCGAUAGUCUUGAAGGUAAACAAAGCAGACAAGAAGAUCAGCCUCGGUCUCAAGGCCAGCUACUUCAAAGACGAUGACAAAGACGCAUCCGAUCAGGAGAACAAGGAUGUAGAUAUCGAUAUGGACGCUACCGGCGGGGCGGAGCUUGAACUUGCACCAGAAGAUGGCUCAGAGGAGGGCGGCGUGGAUGUGGAGGCAUCGGACAGUGGUGACGAAGACACUCCUGCAGAUACCAUGGAUGUAGACGACGAGCCUGCGCCGAUGCCAAAAAGCGGCCUAAAGACUUCUGGCUUUGAUUGGAACGCGGACUCAUUUGAUGUGGACGCCGGGGCAGCGUCUGAAUCCGAGCAUGAGAUCAUGUCAAAGAAGAAGAAAAAGCGCAACCCCGAGGUUAAGGAGGAUAUGACUGGUGAUCUUGACAAAUGCGGCCCUCAAAGCGUGGAUGAUUUCGAGCGACAACUCCUGGGACAGCCCAAUGAUUCCGGACUUUGGAUCCAUUACAUGUCGUUUCAGCUGGGACUUUCAGAGAUCCAGAAGGCACGCGAUAUCGCAGAACGGGCCCUGCGUACGAUCCACAUCCGUGAAACUGAAGAGAAAGCAAACGUGUGGAUUGCCUGGUUGAACUUAGAAGUCGAGUAUGGCGACGACGAGUCGGUGGAAGAUGUCUUCAAGCGAGCCUGCGAAGUCCAGGAUCCCCUUGAGAUACACGAGAAGUUGGUCUCGAUCUACAUUGACUCCGGAAAAUAUGAUAAAGCUCAGGGCAUCUAUGAGCGCAUCCUAGGAAAGAAGGAGUUUCGGGCUGCACCGCAAGUUUGGCUCAACUAUGCUACAUUCUUGAUGGACAAGCUCAACACGCCGGAUGCUGCCCGAGCGUUGCUUGUGAAAGCAAUGCACUCUGUUCCAAAACCCGAGCAUCGACUAUUUGUCGCCAAAUUUGGUGCCCUGGAAUUCCGCUCACCAAACGGACUUCCUGAGCGCGGACGUACUGUGUUUGAAGAACUACUGGCUGUACACCCCGGCUGGUCGAGUGGAUGGGACAUGUUCGUUGAUCUGGAACGUUCCCGUCUUGCUUCGCACAAAGAGCCUGGGCAGGCAGACAAGGUGAGGUCAUUAUAUGAGCGCAUGGCGGCAAAACGGAUGAAGAAGCGUCGUGCAAAGUUCCUGUUCAAGAGAUGGCUGGAGUUUGAGGAGGGUCAAAAGGAUGCAAAGCAAGUGGAACGUGUCAAGGCACUUGCUAAGGAUUAUGUGGCAAAGUUGCAGUCAGCUGGCGAUGAUGGCGAGGAGUAA